UCCAAAAAUGGCUCGCAACUUUUUAACUGUACAACAGGCAUUGGAUUAUAUGGAAACAUUAGAUUCUGAUGAAUUCUCAGGUGAUGAAUGUAGUAUUACGUGCUUACCACCUGAUCCAAGUAAGGUAACUGACGAGGAAGAUUUUCAAGAAAAUGAUUUAGAUGACGUUUUGCCAGUAGACGUCUGCGGAGAAGUAGAGCUGAAUGUAAAACUUAAUAAAACAAGGAAUUCUUCAAGGAAAAAAACAUCUUUGAAAAAGAAGAAGAGGUCUCUCCCUGAAAAUUAUUCUUCGAGUGAUGAAGAUGAUUUGCCUACAAUUGAAAAUAAGCAAGUAAAACCUAAAAAAAUCGCGAAAAUGAUGAAAUCAGUCUCAGUUAUAACAAACGGUACUGGAACGCAAAACAAGAAGAAAUCUAAAAGAAAAUUCUAUAAUUGGGACAAAGCUGAUAAAUUGGAUUCUAUUCAAUCAGAAAAAACACCACAAUUAGAAGAAAUUAACCCUGAAUUAGCAGGUAAAACUCCGUAUGAACUUUUUAAAAUGUAUUUUGAUUAUGAUAUUUUGAAUCUGAUAAAAGAAGAGACGUUAAGAUACGCUAAGCAGAACAACAACUAUGCAUUUUCUUUAUCUGAAAAGUCCUUAGAUGUGUUUUUAGGAAUCUUAUUGUUUAGCGGAUACCAUUCAUUGCCGCAAGAGGAUUUAUACUGGAGCAAUGCAGAAGAUUGCAAUCUGCCCUUUAUACAAAAUGCCAUGAGUAGGCAAAAAUUUAGAGAGAUAAAAAAGUACAUUCAUUUAUGCAAUAAUGAUACAAUUGAUACCUCUGACAAGUUGGCCAAAGUGAGAUGCUUUAUUGAGAUGUUUUGUAAGAAACUGCAACAAUUUGGAACAUUUUCUGAAUACUUAAGUAUUGAUGAGGAAAUGAUUCCGUAUACAGGGAGACAUUCUGCAAAGAUGUACAUGCGAGGAAAACCCAUAAAAUUUGGUUAUAAAUUGUGGGUUCUCGCUUCUUCACAAGGAUAUCCAUAUAAUUUGCAGGUUUAUGUGGGAAAAGAAACAUCAGCUGAAUGUAAUACACCCCUCGGAACAAGAGUUGUCUUAGAUUUGAUAGAAUGUAUAGAAAACAGCCGACGACAUAAAGUGUAUGUUGACAAUUUUUUCAACUCUCUGACAUUGCUGGAAGAAAUGCGAAAAAGGGGAUUCCGUAUAACUGGAACGGUGCGAGAGAACAGACUUCAAGAUUGUCCUUUGCAAGACAGUAAGGACUUAGUGAAAAAAGAAAGAGGAACAUCUGUCUGCAUUACAACAAAGAGUGUUAGUGUUGUGAAAUGGAAAGACAAUAAAAUUGUUUGCCUGGCAUCAAAUUUUGAAGAAAUGGAACCUAUAGGACAAGCAAAACGUUGGUGCCAAAAGUCCAGGAGGAAAAUUGAUUUACCUCAGCCUGGAGUAGUUGCCUCAUAUAAUCAAAACAUGGGUGGUGUUGAUCUUCUUGACCGAUUUUUGAGUUCUUACAGACCUAAAAUAAAAGGUAAAAAGUGGUGGUGGCCCUUUUUCACAAACACUCUUAAUAUGGCUGUGAUAGCAGCAUGGAGGGUUCAUCGUGAGGUUAAUGGACAAAUGUCACAAUUAACAUUUCUUCGAGAUGUAGUUAUGGGUUUAAUAAAAUCCGAAAGACAAGAAACUGUGCAUAAUGGACUUGGACCGCAUGGGCAAGUAAAUACCAAAAUACGUUUUGAUGGAAUUAAUCACUUCAUUACACAGGCUGGUAAGCAGUCAAAAUGUAAGUCGUGCAAAAAGAACACUUGUUUGUGUUGUGAAAAAUGUAAAGUAAUGCUUCACAAAAAUUGUACGAUUUUGUUUCAUACAAAAAUGUAAAACAGGAAAAUUUAAAGAAGAUGAAUAAAACAGGUAAAAAUAUUAAUGAA